AUGUCGACGCGAAACCAGCAACAUAGACGCGUGCCUACCUCUACGCAAACGACGACAGAAGACAAUACUACAGCAACGACGACGACGACGACUCUUCGAUUGCGGGGAGAGGAAGAAGAUGAGCAGCAUGAUGAUGUGCAGCGGUCGGCGUCUCGUCGUCGUAUCCGGUGGGAUGAGAGCGUUGUGAAUAACGAGAACAUGGGGAGGAAGAGUUCAAAAGUUUGCUGUAUCUACCACAAAAGUCGAGCCCUCGGCGAAAGCAGCUCUGAAGAAUCUUCUAGUUCGGAGUCAAGCUCCGAUGAUACAGACAGUGAGGAUGAUGACGCUACUAGCCGGCGACGUCGACCCUCGAGCGAACAUCAACAUGAUGAAGCGUGUUCCCAACAUCGUCAUAAGGGCAAAGCCAAACGGAAACCAACAACCCGAAACGCCUAUGAGAGAACUCCAAAAUCCAAUCUAAAAGGCAGCACAAAGAACGCAUCCUGA